AGAUGUGCUAACAAACUUUUGACAACAUUUGCAUUAAGAUUUCUAUACAAUCAACUAACUCAACACGAUAUAUAUGUAAAGCAUGUGGCUAACAAACUUGCCCCGCCUGGCAUUGCUCAUGGUAUUAAACUGCUUUGCUGCAGUGGCUUAUGGUACCGAAAGGCAAGCUGAACCAAAAGAAGAUGAACGUAAUGCUAGCUAUUGGAUGGACCAGGCGCAGCAGCAGCUGGAUGUGCGCCUGCUGCGUAGUCGAAAGGCGGGUGGGGGCGACAUUCGUGUCGCCAGGAACAUUAUAAUGCUAAUGGGAGAUGGCUUAUCCAUUACGACGCUGACCGCGGCACGCAUACUUAAAGGCCAGCUGGCCGGCUAUAGCGGCGAGGAGAGCCAACUGGCCGUGGAGCAGUUCCCGUAUUCGGGUCUAAGUAAAACAUACUGCACGGACAGCCAGACAGCGGAUUCGGCAUGCGCGGCCACGGCAUGCCUGACCGGCAUAAAGACCAACUAUGGCAGCAUUGGGCAAAGUGCUCAAGGUGUCAAGGUUGAGUCAAUCCUGAAUUGGGCUCAGGACGCUGGCAAGGCAACUGGGAUUGUCACCACCACGCGACUGACGGACGCUAGUCCGGCAGCUGCCUAUGCACACGUACAAAGACGUUCUCAGGAGUUGGACAUAGCACGCCAGCUGAUCGAGGAUGCACCGGGACGUCAUCUGAACGUAAUACUUGGCGGCGGCUUGGGUAAGUUUGCCAGCGAGCGCAGCGAUGGACGCGAUUUGCUUAAACAGUGGCAGACAGCGAAUCCGGACGGCUGUUUUGCCACCACGUUGCUUGAGCUGCACGACUGCAGUGCCACUAAUGGCAGCCUGUUGGGCGUCUUCAGUGAUAGCCACAUGGCAUACCAUUUGGCCGCAUCCAGGGAACAGCCGCGUCUUCGUGACAUGACAGAGGCUGCCAUUCAGCGGCUGGAGCAGGCGCCUCAAGGGUACUUUGUGUUUAUAGAAGGCGGACGCAUCGAUCACGGACAUCAUGAGACACGUGCUGGCUAUGCGCUAGAUGAGAUGCUUGAACUCGAUGAGGCCAUCGAAAUGGCUGUGCGUCUGACCAAUCCCAAUGAAACGCUCAUUGUUGUCACAGCGGAUCAUUCGCAUACGCUGACCAUGGCGGGCUAUGCCAAUCGAGGAACAUCCAUAUUAGGCUUGGAUCUCAGCCAACGCGACUUAGACGGCAUACCCUAUAGCACGCUCAACUAUGCCAUCGGCAAGUGGCAGAGCCUCAACAAAGCAGGCAAACGGGAGAGUCCCGGACCGCAUCUAAGCAAAACAUCCUUUACGCCCAGCUAUAUACUUGGAAAGGGCGUGCAUUCUGGCGAAGAUGUGGCUGUCUUUGCUUUGGGGCCACAGAGUCAUCUCUUUAGCGGCGUCAUGGAGCAAAAUUUGUUACCACAUCUGAUGGCAUAUGCAGCCUGCCUGGGCCAAGGUGUUACAAUCUGCGAGCCACCCCCUUAGGAAUAUCCACAUGCGCGCUCAUCUUAAUUAUUUACAAUGUAAAUUUCUGUGUUGUCUUUUGUGUAUUCAAAAACAACGUUUUCUAAACUAUCGAUUGCUUGAACCACUACAAAUGAUAUCGAUAUUUGAAUUAGGCUUGGUUCACUUGCGCAACAUUUCGA